AGCGACCAGACCCGACGACGACGACGACACCCACGACGUUACGCACCGAUUCUCACAUACGGGAUCCGAAUCUCCCGGUUCAACACUCUACGAUCCGCCCAGGUCCGAGCUCCGCGAGCUCGAUUCAUGGCCGCAAUGGCCGCCCAGAACCCGUCGGCGCCGGAGGAGAGGCUGGGGGUGCCUUCGAGGAAUCCGCUACCGCUGUCGGCAUCGCAGGAGGCCCAGGUUAGAGAUAUCUUUUACCAGCGGGUCCGGAAGGAGUGUGCAGAGGAGAUUAAGGCUUUUGCCGCCUGCGCCCUCGGUCGAACAUUCACCGUCUCAUUCGCAUGCCGCCCCGAGCACCGCACCAUGAACAGCUGUAUGAAGCUUCACGCGACGCAGGCCGAGCACGACGCCGCGCGAGAGGAGUGGUUCGCGCUGCGGAUCGAGAGACAGAGGGAGAGGGAGCGCAAGGCCAAGAUGGCGGCUGCGCAGGAAGAGUUUAUGCGCGAGUGGUGGGGAUUGCCUGAGCACGUCCGGCUGUCGAGGCAGAAGGAGAUGGAGCAGAGGGGGGAGAGGAUACACGGGCUCACAGCCAAGGACCGACCGGAGAAGUAA